GCCGCCAACGCCGCUGCCGCCGCCGGCUUGAUGCAGUAGCGGGGCCCGGGAGUCGCCGGGGGCCGCCGCAGGGCAGGGGGUGCCGCAACCGGGCUUCGCUCCGCGCCCCCCGCCCGGGAGGGGCGCCGCGCCUGUCCCCCUCCUCCCCCUCCCCAACCCCCCCUUUCCAGGAGCCCCCCUCUCUCCUCGCCCACCUCCGCCGGGAGCGAGCGCCGCGGCUGUGCGGAAAAGCCAUGGGAGGCAAGACCUCGGCACCUGUUCAGCUGAAAUCAAGGGCUUACAGUAUACUGGGCACUCUGGCUUGGUGAUAGGAGCGAGCAAAAGGAAGGAGAAACAAGCAAGAAAAAGUGAGAGAGGAUUGGAGCGACUGCCGCUGCCGGGAAAAAAAAAAUAAAAACCCAAGGAAGAUAACUGGGAAGGAAAAGGAUUUUCAUGGCGCAGGCUGCAGAGCUAAGCAAGAAGACUGAAGGUUGCAUCUCUGCUCUUACAGUCUCUAACUGUCUAGGUCCAGAUAAUGAGAGAUUGUGUUGAGGAUGCUGCUGCUGCUCCCCUGUUCACUGUGGAAGCCAUCUCCAAAUUAGCCAUUACAUAUGGAAACUGGAGACCAGAAUUUUAGAAAAAGGGAUUAAGGCGUCUCAUUUUGGGGGGGGUUCUCUCUUUAUUUGUUUGGUUUUUCUUGGUUCUUUUCUCUCUUCUUUUUUUCUUUUUCCUUUUUUCUUUUUUUAUAUUUCAACCAGAACGUUUCCGAUUUAAAAGGCAAGCCUCUUCCCGUGUGGUCUUUCUAAUUUACACUCUUUUCCGUGGGCUUUCUUACCUCCCUUUUUUGAUAUCUAUCUCUCUCUCUAUACCCAUUAUAUUAUUAGUCGGAAUUAUUAUUCUUUUAUUUUAUUAAACACACACACCCCAAGAAUCAGAAGGCGGUUGGGUAUUUAUAUAAUGAAGAAUUAUGGGGCUCUUUGACAGAGGUGUUCAGAUGCUUUUAACCACCGUUGGUGCUUUCGCUGCCUUCAGCCUGAUGACCAUAGCUGUGGGGACCGACUACUGGCUUUACUCCAGAGGGGUUUGCAAGACUAAAACUGUCAGUGAGAACGAAACCAGCAAAAAGAACGAGGAAGUCAUGACCCAUUCUGGAUUAUGGAGAACCUGCUGCCUAGAAGGGAAUUUUAAAGGUCUGUGUAAGCAAAUCGAUCACUUCCCUGAGGAUGCAGAUUAUGAAGCCGAUACAGCAGAAUAUUUCCUCCGGGCUGUUAGAGCCUCUAGUAUUUUCCCGAUCCUGAGUGUGAUUCUGCUUUUCAUGGGUGGACUCUGCAUUGCAGCCAGCGAGUUCUACAAAACCCGACACAACAUCAUCCUUAGUGCCGGCAUCUUCUUCGUGUCUGCAGGUCUGAGUAAUAUAAUUGGCAUCAUUGUAUACAUAUCAGCCAACGCUGGAGACCCCUCCAAGAGUGACUCCAAGAAGAACAGCUACUCCUAUGGCUGGUCCUUCUAUUUCGGGGCCCUGUCCUUCAUUAUAGCCGAGAUGGUGGGAGUGCUGGCUGUCCACAUGUUCAUAGACCGGCACAAACAGCUGCGUGCCAACGCUCGUGCCACGGACUACCUCCAGUCCUCCGCCAUCACCCGCAUCCCCAGCUACCGGUACCGCUAUCAGAGACGCAGUCGCUCCAGCUCCCGCUCCACCGAGCCUUCACACUCCAGGGAUGCCUCUCCCGUCGGGAUCAAAGGGUUCAACACCCUGCCAUCAACAGAGAUCUCGAUGUACACCCUGACCAGGGACCCGCUGAAGGCAACCACCACCCCCACCGCCACCUACAACUCCGACAGGGAUAACAGUUUCCUCCAGGUUCACAACUGUAUCCAGAAAGAGAACAAGGACUCUAUCCACACCAACACAGCCAACCGCCGGACCACCCCGGUAUGAAGCCGUCGCCAGGAGCUGAAAAUGGGGCAGGAACGGGCAGGAGGAGAUGGG